AUGUCGAAGAGAAUAACCCAGAAGGACUAUCUCUUCUACACAGGCUGCAGUGUCUGCUCCCAGUUUUCAAGAGGAGUCUUUGCUAUUUUUGGAUUCUAUGACAAGAAGUCUGUAAAUACCAUAACAUCGUUCUGUGGGACUCUUCAUGUCUCCUUCAUAACUCCUAGCUUCCCAACAGAUGGAACACAUCCCUUUGUCAUUCAGAUGAGACCUGACCUCAAGGGAGCUCUUCUAAGCUUGAUCGAAUACUAUCAGUGGACCAAGUUUGCGUAUUUGUAUGACAGUGACAGAGGCUUAUCAACAUUGCAAGCUGUGCUGGAUUCCGCUGCUGAAAAGAAAUGGCAAGUGACUGCUAUCAAUGUAGGAAAUAUUAACAAUGACAGAAAAGAUGAAACUUAUCGUUCACUAUUUCAAGAUCUAGAAGUAAAAAAGGAAAGGCGAGUGAUUUUGGACUGUGAACGCGAUAAAGUCAACGACAUUGUUGAUCAGGUGAUUACAAUUGGUAAACAUGUUAAAGGAUACCAUUAUAUCAUUGCAAAUCUGGGAUUUACUGAUGGAGAUUUGUCAAAAAUUCAGUUUGGAGGAGCUAAUGUCUCAGGAUUUCAGAUAGUUGACUAUGAUGAUCCUCUGGUAUCAAAAUUUAUACAACGUUGGUCAACGCUGGAGGAAAAAGAAUAUCCCGGUGCACACACUAGUACAAUUAAGUAUACAUCUGCUCUGACCUAUGAUGCUGUUCAAGUGAUGACAGAAGCUUUCCGUAAUUUGCGUAAACAGAGGAUUGAGAUCUCCAGAAGAGGAAAUGCUGGAGAUUGUCUUGCAAAUCCAGCUGUACCCUGGGGUCAUGGUGUAGAAAUAGAAAGGGCAUUGAAACAGGUUCAGGUGGAAGGUCUAACAGGGAAUAUAAAGUUUGAUCAGAAUGGAAAGAGAAUCAAUUUUACAAUAAACGUCAUGGAACUCAAAAGUACUGGUCCUCGGAAGAUUGGAUACUGGAGUGAAGUGGACAAAAUGGUUGUGAAUCCUCUCGAUGGCCCUCUUGGAAAUGAAUCUUCAGGACUAGAGAAUAAGACUAUUAUUGUCACCACUAUUUUGGAGUCCCCAUAUGUCAUGAUGAAGAAAAAUCAUGAAAUGCUUGAAGGAAAUGAUCGAUAUGAGGGCUAUUGUGUGGACUUAGCUACAGAAAUUGCUAAACACUGUGGAUUCAAAUAUAAGCUCACAAUUGUUGGGGAUGGCAAGUAUGGGGCAAGGGAUGCAGACACGAAAAUCUGGAAUGGGAUGGUUGGAGAACUUGUUUAUGGGAAAGCUGAUAUUGCAAUUGCUCCAUUAACUAUUACAUUGGUGAGAGAAGAGGUGAUUGACUUCUCAAAGCCCUUUAUGAGCCUGGGGAUAUCCAUAAUGAUCAAGAAGCCUCAGAAGUCCAAGCCGGGAGUGUUUUCCUUUCUUGAUCCGUUAGCAUAUGAAAUCUGGAUGUGCAUUGUUUUUGCCUAUAUUGGGGUCAGUGUAGUUUUAUUCCUGGUCAGCAGAUUUAGCCCAUACGAGUGGCACACUGAGGAAUUUGAAGAUGGAAGAGAAACGCAAACUAAUGAAUCAACUAAUGAAUUUGGGAUAUUUAAUAGUCUCUGGUUUUCCCUGGGUGCCUUUAUGCAGCAAGGAUGCGAUAUUUCGCCAAGAUCCCUGUCUGGGCGCAUUGUUGGAGGUGUGUGGUGGUUCUUUACCCUCAUCAUAAUCUCAUCCUACACGGCUAACUUAGCUGCCUUCCUGACGGUUGAGAGGAUGGUGUCUCCAAUUGAGAGCGCAGAGGAUCUUUCCAAGCAAACAGAAAUUGCUUAUGGGACAUUAGAUUCUGGCUCCACGAAAGAGUUUUUUAGGAGAUCUAAAAUUGCAGUGUUUGAUAAAAUGUGGACCUAUAUGAAAAGUGCAGAACCAUCUGUGUUUGUGAGGACUACAGCAGAAGGGGUAGCUCGAGUACGGAAGUCCAAAGGAAAAUAUGCCUACUUGCUGGAGUCAACCAUGAAUGAGUACAUCGAGCAAAGGAAACCCUGUGAUACCAUGAAAGUUGGUGGGAAUUUGGAUUCCAAAGGCUACGGCAUCGCCACACCUAAAGGAUCCUCAUUAAGAACCCCAGUAAAUCUUGCAGUAUUGAAACUCAGUGAGCAAGGCGUCUUAGACAAGCUGAAAAACAAAUGGUGGUACGAUAAAGGUGAAUGUGGAGCCAAGGACUCUGGAAGUAAGGAGAAGACCAGUGCCCUCAGUCUGAGCAACGUAGCAGGAGUCUUCUACAUUCUCGUCGGGGGACUUGGUUUGGCAAUGCUGGUGGCUUUGAUUGAGUUCUGUUACAAGUCAAGAGCUGAGGCGAAACGAAUGAAGGUGGCAAAGAAUGCACAGAAUAUUAACCCAACUUCCUCGCAGAAUUCACAGAAUUUUGCAACUUAUAAGGAAGGUUACAACGUAUAUGGAAUCGAAAGUGUUAAAAUUUAGGGGAUGACCUUGAAUGAUGCCAUGAGGAGCAAGGCAAGGCUGUCAAUUACAGGAAGUACUGGAGAAAAUGGACGUGUUAUGACUCCAGAGUUUCCAAAAGCAGUGCAUGCAGUACCUUACGUGAGUCCUGGCAUGGGAAUGAAUGUCAGUGUGACUGAUCUCUCGUGAUUGAUAAGAACCUUUUGAGUGCCUUACACAAUGGUUUUCUUGUGCGUUUAUUGUCAAAGUGGUGAGAGGCAUCCAGUAUCUUGAAGACUUUUAUUUCAGCCAAGAAUUCUUAUAUUUGUGGAGUUCAUCUUGGAUUGUAAUGAAUGCUUAGUUCAAAACACAACACCAUUUUCUACACAAGUUCAAGAUGAAGCUUGACUGACAUGCACAGCUAACAUGGAAGUACUGUAAUCUAACUGAAGUCGUUGUACAGGCAGCACACCAGUUUCUGCAGCCACUGUUGUUAGUCCCUUGGUUCAUAUUGACUUAAGCACACUUGACAUCAAUUGCAUCAAGAUGUGACAUGUUUUAUAAGGAAAAAAACAUUUAAAAUAAAAAAAAUAUUUUUAGGUAUUUUCACAAACAAAAACUGGCUUUUAAAUAAAUUUGCUUCCAUAAUGGUUGAAUAUGAC